CAAAACACAACCCUUAUGCGUUUAAUUAAUAUGCUUACAAUAUCAAGCUUCAAAUUCGCCAUUCAUGUCAUCUUUCUCGUCUCCUUUUUCCUGAUCUCCUGUUCUUCUGCUGCUCUCUUCACCAUAACCAACAACUGUCCUUUUACAAUAUGGCCAGCCACACUUUCUGGUGCAGGCACUACUCCACUUCCAACAACAGGGUUCCAGUUGAAUUCAGGCCAAAGUGCACAAAUCCCCACGACCCCAUCAUGGUCUGGUAGGGUAUGGGCAAGAACAGGUUGCACGUUUGAUGCAUCUGGUGUAGGUAAAUGUGAAACCGCAGAUUGUGGAGGGAAGAUGGAGUGUGGUGGGAUGGGUGCCACCCCUCCUGCCUCCCUUUUUGAGAUAACCAUAGGAGGCUACAACAAUUUGGAUUAUUAUGACGUUAGUUUUGUGGAUGGAUACAAUCUUCCCAUCAUUGCUGUCCCAAGGUCCACUUCUGGUGGUUGUAAUGCCACGGGCUGUGCAUCCGAUAUUAACAUAGGGUGCCCAAAAGAGCUUCAGGUGGUGGGUGGGGAUGGUGGAGGAGUAGGUGGGGUGAUCGCGUGCAACAGUGCUUGUGGUGCAUUUGGAAUGGACCAAUACUGUUGCAGCGGGCAAUAUGCGAAUCCAAAUACGUGUCGACCAUCCUACUACUCGAGCAUCUUUAAGAGAGCGUGUCCUCGAGCUUAUAGCUACGCGUUUGAUGAUGGCACAAGCACGUUUACUUGCAACGCCUAUGAAUAUGCCAUCAUUUUUUGCCCCAAUAAUGGGAUGGACCAAAUAGCUGGUCCCGGAAUAGGUACUGGUAUCAGUACAGGGACUGGAAUUGAAACCGGAACUGAGGUUGGAACAUUGAGCGCUCCACAUACGAAAAAUGACAAGAUAAGAGGAUCUAUACGGACAAACACAUCAUCAAACGCCAUCUCACAAGUUUCUAUAUCGAUAUGUCUUAUCAUAGUUUCAUUUGCAUCAUUGUACAUUGUAUAA